GCCCGCAGAGAGACGAUGCAGAGUAGAAAGGCGGUCACCCACAGAGCGAUCAGCAAAAACAGCCCGACCCCGACUCCAAACACCAAAGCACUCAUCACCACGACCAAUAAUACAAACUAUAAAAUUUCAUCCCAAGUUAAACAACAUCUUUCACACUUGUUUGGUUGGCACAUUGAAAUCACGAGGCGACCCCCACCCUCACCAACCCCCACCAUCCAGCAGAGCAGCCGUGGCGAAAAAGAAAACAGAAAAGAAGGAAAACAUCCAAAGAUUCCCGAAAUGUCGGGCUGUUUUGAAAAUAUCAAUUUCCCAGCUUGUGAGUGGUUUGAGGGAGGAGACAGGAAAAAUGCUUUUGCAUCAAUUGCAUCAGGAAUUCUGUUCUUCACCGGUUGGUGGAUCAUCAUCGACAUAGCCGCAGCUUACCCUGACUCGAACGUAUUCAAUCAUGCCUAUCACACCUGCGGAGUUGUAGGAACGAUUUCUCUCUUCAUGAUCAAUGUGGUAUCUAACGCCCAAGUACGUGGCGACGCGUACACUAACGGCUGCAUGGGCCCUAGAGGUGCUCGAGUGUGGCUCUUCAUCGGAUUCGUCCUUGGCUUUGUGUCUGUCUUUGCAGCCUGCUGGAUUCUCUUUGCCGAUUUCAUUCCUGAUGCAGAUAAAAAGUCGACCUAUCCUGGAGUAGGCCUUUUCCUGCAAAACAUUUUCAUCUUCAUAGCGUCGCUGCUCUUCAAGUUCGGCAGAUCCGAAGACAUGUGGGGCUGAAGAAUUUUUUAUUUUAUUAGUAUUCGCCUGGAUUUUUUGUUGUUGCGGCUGUACAAAGAAAAGCAGAUGCAAAUUUUUCUGCUGGUAGUCCAGCGCCAGUCCUCUCACGAUUAAUUUAAGCAAUAUAACUAUUAUUGCCUCUUUCAGUAUAUCUCUCAUUCCUAAUUGUAAAUUGUCUAAUUAAUAAAGUGGUCUCAUUUGUCACAUAAAUUAAUGGACUUUACUUAAAUUUCA